GCUGCUCCCUUCCCUGCAGGCCGCCGACCCUCUGAGGCUCACCAUCAUGGAUACUCUUUCGGAGGCAAAUGGCACCUUUGCCUUAAGUCUUCUGAAAAAGCUGGGUGAAGACAACUCGAAAAAUGUGUUUUUCUCACCCAUGAGCAUCUCUUCUGCCCUGUCCAUGGUCUUCAUGGGCGCAAAGGGAAACACAGCAGCCCAGAUGUCCCAGACACUUUCUUUAAGUAAAAGCGGUGGAGGAGGCGAUGUCCACCAAGGGUUCCAGUCACUUCUCACGGAAGUCAACAGGACCGAUGCUGCGUACUUGCUUAGAACCGCCAACAGGCUCUUUGGAGACAAGUCUUAUGAAUUUCUCUCAUCUUUCAAAGACUCCUGCCGUAAGUUCUACCAAGCAGAGAUGGAAGAGCUCGACUUCAAUAACGCUACAGAAGAGUCCAGGGCACACAUCAACACCUGGGUGGCCGAAAAGACAGACGGUAAAAUUACAGAGUUGCUAUCUCCAGGUUCAGUUGAUCCAAUGAUGAAUCUGAUUCUCGUGAAUGCCAUCUAUUUCAAAGGAAACUGGGAUAAUCAGUUUAACAAAACGCAGACCAUGGAAAGACCAUUUAAAGUCAGCAAGAAUGAGGAGAAGCCUGUGCAGAUGAUGUUUAAAAAAUCUACCUUUCAAAUGACCUAUAUAGGAGAAAUAUUCACCAAAAUUCUGGUGCUUCCCUAUGUGGGCAAAGAGCUGAACAUGAUCAUCAUGCUUCCAGAUGAAAACACGGAUCUGAGGACGGUGGAGAAAGAACUCACUUAUGAGAAAUUCACAGAGUGGACGAGGCCAGACAUGCUGGAUGAAGAAGAGGCAGAAGUGUACCUCCCUAGAUUUAAACUGGAGGAGAAUUACGACAUGGAGAAUGUCCUUUGCACUCUGGGCAUGACCGAUGCCUUCGAGCAGGCCAAGGCAGACUUUUCUGGAAUGUCGUCCAGGAAAGACCUGUAUCUGUCCAAGGUGGUGCACAAGGCCUUUGUGGAGGUCAAUGAGGAAGGCACGGAGGCCGCGGCCGCCACUGCGGCCAUCAUGAUGUUGCGGUGUGCGAGAAUCAUGCCCCGGUUCUGUGCCGACCACCCCUUCCUUUUCUUCAUCCAGCACAGCAAGACCAACAGCAUCCUGUUCUGUGGCCGCUUCUCUUCCCCAUAAGGUCAUGGUCGGCCCCGUACGGAGUCCUCCUCCUCUCUCCUACUGACCCACUUCUCCUGACUCUUCACAGUGUGCCUACAGUGCAAAGUGACCUUGAGUGACAAUCCAAAAAUAAAAGGCCCAGUUUGAAACCCCA